AUGACCGAACUUUAUUCACAUGAAGGUCAACAACAAGAAGAACUAUCUAAUCAAUCAACAAUAAAAAUAUCGAGAUUUUCUUCAUCAACAAACAAUCAUUCAUAUAUUAAUAAAAAUUUAAAUGAUCAUAACAAUGAAAAUGACAUCUAUAAAGAAGCUUUUGUAGUUCCAGUAACUCAACAUUGGAAACUACAAACAUCAGAUGAACAACAAUCAGUAAAUAAUCAAUUUUCUCAAACAUUUAUUGAUCCACGUUCAUUAACACAAUCAACACACCCUAAUACUGUUUUCAAUAUGUCCAAUGAAAAUCUAUCAACUUAUACUGAUAAGAAUAGUAAUAAAGAUGAAUUACCAACAAUUAUUGACGAAUCAGAAAAACCAGCAAUAAAAAUGAAAAAAAGAAAUACGCCAAUACCUAAAUCUCAUCCACGUCGAAGACAUAAUUUAAAUAACACUACAAUAUUAAAUGAAUCAUCGAAUUCUCAAGUACUUACAAAUCAUAACAAAACAAAAUUUCUUGAAACGAACAAAUCAAUAAAAAAGACUCAAAAAUCGAUACCUGUUUUUAUUCCACCAAAAAAACCACCAACACAAUCAUAUAUAUUUUCUUCUAUAAUUCCAUUUGAUGAUUCACUUCAGAUUAAACAAAAAUCAAUUAACAAACAACAGAAUACUUUUGCUAAUAAUAAUUAUAAUAAUGAUGAUGAUGAUGAUCAUAAUUCUUCGUCAAUUAUAAACUGGACACCGCCGUCAUCAACAUCACCAGUAAAUUCUCAUAUGCAAUCAUCAAGUAGUUUAGAUGAUGAAAAUUCAGAUGAUGAAAGUUUAUUUAUACAAAAAACAAAAUCUAAAAUAAAAGAUCGAAAAAUUCAUUCAUCAUUUCCAACUUAUUGUAAUAUUCCAGUAGCUAUAUUCAUUACUGAUCCCACUGGACAUUCGUAUAAAUUCAAUCCAGAUACUGAUAUACUAGAAAAAUAUAAUAAUGAUGAAGUUUUUGAUGAUGAUUUAAUUCUAACUGAUACAAAUGCAUUGUUUCCAAAUACUGUAUACGAUAUUUCUUCAUCACCCGAUGUUACAACUAUAUCACCGGUAUCGUCAACAGUUCUUGAUAGACACAGUUUACAAAGUAUUGGUGAAGAAGAAGACGAAGAAGGAAGUGAACAUGAUAAUCAUAAUAUAUUUUCAAAAGAACUUGAUCGUAUUGAAGCAUUGGCUCGAUCACGUGAAAUGAAUUUCAAUCCACCAAAUAAAGAUCAUGAUCAUACUCAACAUAAAACUGAUAAAGAAUUAGUAGGUCGACGAUGGAGUGAUGGUGAUUCUGGUCAAGAAGAUGAAGAGCGAACUUCAACAACAAAGUCAUCAAUGAUGAAAACAUCAAGUGCAAUAUCUAUUACAAAACCAAGUGAUACUAUACCCGUUAAAUUAUCGAUAACAAAAUAUAUUCUUAUGAAAUUACAUUUAAAAUCAGUAAAUAAAGAUGAUGAAUCGAAUAUAUCAUCAUCAACAACAAAUUCCAAAAAAAAACGUACUGUACGCCAUUCUCGUACAAAAUUAUCACCAAUAAAUGAUUCAAAUUCAAAGUCCCAGUCAAAUACUAAUAUUUAUGAAUCCUCAAAUAAUCUAGCAUCAAAUGAACUAAUUCAAAGAGAAAAAUCAACAACUGAUAGUAUUCAAUCAACAAAUAAUUCUUAUCGUUUCAAUAAUAAUAAUAAUAAUAAACCGACAAUAGGAGAAAAAUUUGGUAGUGUUGGAAAUCUUGAUAGAAUUGAUAGUGAUGAUGAUGAUGAUAUUGAUGGAAAUUUUGAAAAGGCUAAACUGGGUUCACUAUCAAGUAUAAAUACGACAUUAAGUGAAAAAAAAGCUCAUUAUGGUCUUGAUAUAUCUGGUACAAUUGAAUUAAAAUUAACAUAUACAAUAUCAACAGGUGCAUUAGACAUUUUAAUAUAUAAUUGUAAAAAUUUAGCUCGAGCAAAAAGAAAUCAAACAUCGGACCCUUAUGUUAAAGUUUAUUUAUUACCUGAUCGUUCAAAAAAUAGCAAACGUAAAACAUCAACUAAAAAGAAUACUAUUGAUCCAGUUUUUGAAGACAAACUUCGUUACCAUGUAACUAAACAAGAAUUUGAAACUCGUGUUUUAUGGAUAUCAGUAUGGAGUCAAGCAAUAUUAGGACAAAAUAAUUUUCUGGGUGAAAUUCAUAUUCCAUUAUCUAAUUGUACAUUAGAUAAAACCCAACAAUAUCAAUUAUUAGCUGAAAAACAAAAAAAUGAUUUAACACCAAUUGGUGAACCAACAGUGGACUCAGGUGAAAUACAAUUUCAAUUAACAUUUAUUGAAAAUCCAAAACAUAAAGACAUUGGAACAUUACAAGUACAUUAUAUUCAAGGAAAAGCUAUUUUUUAUGGUAAACGUCAAGUUGAUGCUAUUUGUAAAGGUGUAUUAAUGCCUGAUUAUGUUAAACGAAAAAUACCAGCCAUACGUAAAGGUCCAACACCUAAAUGGGAAAUGCCAUUACGAUGGGAUGGUGUACGUCGUGAUAAUUUAGAAAAUAUAUCUAUUGAAAUAAGUAUUUGGUCUCAAGAACGUUUUCGAACGCUAAUGAUUGGUUUUGUACGUCUUAAUCUUGCAAGAGGACAUUUUGAUAAUAAACCAGUUAAAUGGUCAGAUGCAACAAAAGUAGAAAAAUCAGCUUGGGAAUCAUUUCUUCGUCGACCAACGGAAAUACAUCAUUUUAGACUUCCAUUAAGACCAGCAACUACUGAAAAUAAAUAG